CAAUCCAAUCAACAACGAGACGGAGAUUCUCGAAAAACGUGCUAACAGUGAGGAACAACCUUCUGUUAAUUAACGCCGAGCUCGACCAAUCGUUUACGCUCCAGACGGAAUGGAAACCAGGUGCGACAGUCAGGCGUGGUCUUGAAGUCAGUUGCAGUAAACAGCGGGCAGGCUCUACACAAGAAUUGGGCCGACCGUUAGGAUGAGUGACAGAAUACCAUCAGCGACGAGGCAAGCGCACUUUAUCCAUCCCACAGCGGUCGCCGUCAAGAGCGCACCCGUCUCCCAAGUGCAGCUGCUCGAUGCAGCUGGACCGUCUCUCUAUACCUUCGAGUCUCCGGCUGUAAGGCCCGUACCAGUCGGUCACUAUCAGGAAAUGGCUUCGAAGGCAUCUGCUAUGACAUCUAAGAAUGGAAUCACAGCGUCGCUCAGUAAUACACCUCUGUGGCAGCAGUUUGACGCUCUCGGAACAGAAAUGGUCAUCACUAAAUCAGGAAGACGAAUCUUUCCCGGAUUCGAGGUUAGUGUGUCGGGCCUUGAUCCCGACGCGUUGUACGUAAUGGCCAUCAGAGUGCUACCAGUAGACAACUACCGUCACAAAUACAUCAGCAACCGGUGGGUUCCUGUAGGCAAAGCUGACAAGACGCAACCACCGAGUAGAGAACACGUUCAUCCGGAAUCGCCCAAGCCGGGAAACUUUUGGAUCAAACAGUCGGUCAACUUCAAAAAGCUCAAACUCACUAACAACAAGAAGGGCAACCCCGACCAUAUUGUGCUCGAUUCGCUGCACAAAUACAUACCCGAACUGCACGUAAUCAAGCUGAACGAAAACGGAGACCGAGAAGAAACGGACAGCUUUCAGUUUCCGGAGACGAAAUUUUACGCCGUCACCGCCUAUCAGAACGACCAGGUAACACAGUUGAAAAUCGACACGAAUCCGUUUGCAAAGGCGUUCCGAGAUAUGCCACAGACCGGUGAAGAUGGCGAGUACGAAAGUUGGCCACCAGAGAGCGACCAGAGAUGGACAACAAGUGACUACUACGCGAGUGCUGCUAAUUCACAGAGAAUGAGCUAUUCGUAUGACGAGUCGAGUCCUGAUCUUGACAUCGUGCAGCGCUGGGACCCUCAAGGAUCAAAACCAUUCUCACCCAUCAGUCCCUACACAUCCCAUUACAGAGCACCACAGCAGAGUCAUCAAGCAUGCUUCUUUGCAGGCUCAGAAUCAGAAGAGAAUUACCAAUGGGAGAGACCGGCACAUCAAGUGGUUUACAACGCACCGAACUAUGGUAGUUACCACAUGCACGAUGCUCACUACCCGACUCAGACCCAGAUGCAACAACAUCGGUACCACGUGUUGCACAGUACCGGGUCAUCGGGUUAUGCAUCCGAUGGAUUGAGUCCAUCGCCGAUGGCAACCGACUUUGCCGGAAUGCAACAACAACAACAACAACAACAACGAGUCGCAUUCGCACAGCAUAUGUCAAUCGGCACCGUAGACUACAACCAACAGUUACCGAGAAUCGAGACGUUCGCUCGAAGCGAAGUGACACAACAUGAUGGAUACUCCAUGAAACGAGAGAACACACUACAGACGCUGGCAUCGUGUCAAUACGCCACACUGCAGGCACCACUAGCCACCUCCACUGUCUACCACAGUAUGUCGACACCAUCGGUACCAGCCAGCCAACAGAUUCUAGGACGAGCCAAUCAACAGAUUGUGUCCCACCCGAUUAGCCAAACACACGAUCACAGCGACGACAACAAGGCUGACCUCACACACGCUCUGGCAGAGAUACCAGACAUAGACUCAGCGUCGGAUAUCUUAAACUGGGAUUUAGCUUAGUGACUUCUACCCACACCCACACGGUGUUAUAAACCAUACUCAUACUCGAAGUUCGAAAUACGAUUGAUGCAAUACAAAAGCUUACUUGACAACAUAGUGAAGUGAUAGUAACAUGUAAGCAU